AUGGCCUCAUUAACCUCUUUCGUAGUGCUGGAAACAACCGUUGAAUUUGACAACGAUUUCACUGCGACAUUAAUACUCCAUCCAGCUACAUAUCUGAACAAAGUUCUUGUUUCAAGCAGUCAAGGUGCAGUGCAACUAUGGAACAUCCGCUCCCAAACCUGCAUACACAAAUUCGCUACUUCAUCUCUCUUCUCUUCCUCUGCUUCAGAGGGUUCCGCAAUCACCGCUCUCACGCAAUUGUCCGCCAUAGAUGUGGUCGGAAUUGGAUUUGCAUCAGGCGAAAUAUCAGUCUAUGAUGUACGGACAGAUGAGCGAUUGAUGAGGAUGUUCAUGGACGGUGGUAGCGUUCGUGCCUUGGGCUUUCGAAGUGAUGGGCAACCCAUUAUGGCUUCUGCCUCGUCCUUAGGACAUAUUGCUAUAUGGGACCUGAAUGAAGGUGGCCGUCUAUUGCAUAUGGUACAAGGAGCUCACGAUGGCACUAUAAGCGCUCCUGAAUGGAUCCCUAAUCAACCUGUCUUGAUCACUUCUGGCGCAGACAAUAGCAUCAAGCAAUGGUUGUUCGACACCCCUUCCGCUGCCCUUCGGCUGUUGAAAUUUCGUUCUGGACAUCACGCCCCUCCACAUCUUAUUCGUUAUUAUGGAGAGGAUGGCAAACAGCUCUUGACGGCUUCCAGAGAUCGCAGCCUUCGAUGUACUUCGGUUGUUUGCGACUCGAGAUCUUUUGAGUUAUCACAAGGAUCCCUUGCUAAAAAGGCCAGCGGCCUGUCGAUACCAGUGGCGAACCUAAAAUUUCCUCCGAUCACUGCAAUAUCACAUUCUCCUGCUCGCACAAAAGAUUGGGACGACAUUCUCACUGCACAUACCGAUGAAACGUUCGCGCGAACAUGGUCGAUGCAAAACAAAAAACUUGGCAAACACAACUUUAGCUUUGCUGAUACCUUCGGGGCUAAAGGAAAGGAACGUGCUCCUCCUCUUGGCUCCGCAAAGUCUGUUUGUGUAACAGCCUGCGGCAACUUUGGGCUAGCGGGUUCCUCUACUGGCGUCAUACAUAUGUGGAAUAUGCAGUCUGGAAUACGACGACGAACAUUUCGCGUUGGAGCAUGUCCACCUGAAGUUGCAGGUCGCUUCCAAACAACGGAGAAAGGAAUCAAAGAGCGUUCUGUGACCGGCCUUGCGACGGAUUCAUUGAACCCAGUAGUUAUAGCGAGCACCCUUGAUGGUACUGUCAAUUUCUUCGAUUUCCAUACAGCAAACCUUGAUCACACUUCAUCGGCUGCGGUAUCGAUGGUCCUUCAGCGGGACAAUGGGCUACUAGCAGUUGUGUGUGAUGACAUGGUUGUCCGAUUAGUGGACAUAGAGACAAAAACAGUGGUCAGAGAGUUCGGGGGAUUCCGUGGUUGUGUUUUAGACAUUACAUUUUCACCUGACUCCAGGACAUCUAGUGUAGCGACUAGUGUGUCAUUUUCAUCCACCAAUGAUUUUAUCGCCACAGCCCAUGUUAAUAGCGUUGGUGCGAAUCGAGCCCAGUAUACCGAAGUUGCAUUUCAAACUGUCGUUGAGCAUGAAAUCGCAAUUGUUGAUCUUCCCUUGAUGCAAGGCGUAGCCGAGGGCGAAGAGUCGCUAUCGCCAUUAGAAGCACUGGCCGCCCAAGUUGGUGUGUUUUCGACGCCUCCCAAGUUGGAUGGUGAUCUCAUCACGUUGACAUUACUCCCGCGCUCAAAAUGGCAGACCCUUCUCAAUUUAGAGAUUAUACAGCAACGGAACAAACCGAAGGAGCCCCCAAAAGCUCCUGAAAAAGCGCCAUUCUUCUUGCCGACAUUGCCUGGUGUUGAGACCAGAUUUGUAACUGAGCCAAAGAAGAGCGCGUCGCAAAAUCUAUCCCGACGAUUAGAACAAGCAAUACAGAAUGCCGAGAGCGUAUUCUUACAACAACUUCAUGGGGAGGAUGUCAAUGGGGAUUACGAGUCAUUCUUCUCUUUUUCCAAAACCCUUUUAGCUGCAGCUGCAGACCUUGAACUUCAGUCUUUGGUUACACUUGACAGUCUUCAAACUUUUAUCAAUGCUUUGACACAAAGAUUAUUAUCACAUCAAGAGUUUGAAGCUGUUCAGGCAUUCCUCAAUGUAUUUCUUCGCAUGCACGCGGACACGAUAAUUUCAAACUGUUUACACGACGACGUGGAGCGAUUGAUGAAGGUGCAGCGUACCGAAAGCCAGAGAAUCCUUGAACUGAUUGCUUCGUCACUGGGAGCUCUCGGGUUUGUCAGAGAUACACUGUAG